AUGGCGAAGGAGGCAAUCCAACUCAAGAGGGACCAUGUUCACAGUGCAUAUGAGAAUAUUACUCCUUGUUUCAGUGACAGACGCUACAAGGCACGGCCAAAGGUGCAGCAGUUCAUUUCAGAGCAGGAACCAGGCAGCCUGAUUGCUGAUAUUGGCUGCGGAAACGGCAAAUAACUUCACAUCAGUUCUGAAGUCUAUAAACUGGGUUGUGACUACUGUUUCCCAUUGGUGGAAUCAGCACGAAAUGAAGACCAUAAAGUAAUGGUAUGCCAUAGCUUGCGUCUGCCUAAUAGAAGUGAGUGCUUUGAUGCUGUCCUGUCUGUUGCUGUCAUUCACCAUUUUUCAACGGAAAAGAGGCGCAUGUGAGCAAUAAAAGAGAUGGCUCGCGUCUUGAGAGUAGGAGGCCAGUUAAUGAUAUAUGUGUGGGCAAUGGAGCAAAAACGGAGAAGAUUUGAAAAGCAAGACGUCUUUGUUCCUUGGAAUCCUUCACCUCCUUCCUGCUCCUCAGCUUCUGAAGUGGCUGUGAAACCUAUGCUGCCCAUGUCCCGCUGCUCGAAGGCUUUCAGAAGUUGCUAUUCAGAAUUAGGGCAAGCAACUAUACAGCUCCCUAUGGCUGCAGAUACUCUUCACAAUUGCAGUGGGGUGUGUUUACCUGACCUGAUUUCACAUCAGAAAGAAUUAGCUGUCAGACAACAACUUAAAAUAGACCAUCACCCAAAAGAAGGAGCUUUCUGCCAACCUUGGAACAAAAGCAGAGCAGGCUCCUCUCUGCAGAAAGCAGUCAGUAAGUGCACCCUGACCACGCAGACCUGGCAGCAGACAGGUUCUGGUGGGGCAUGGUUGAGGUACUACCACGUUUUUAAAGAAGCGGAGUUGGCUGAGCUGAUAGAGUGUCAUAAUCCUGAGCUACACAUUACUCAUUCAUACUUUGACCAUGCCAUUCGGUGCGUGAUAGCAGAAAAGACUGGAGUGUGGAAGAUCUAG